CGGGCAGCGGGCUGCGGGCUGCGGGGAGCUGGGAGCCGGGAGCGGACGGCGGCAUGGCGGAGAGCGAGGCCGAGACCCCCAGCACCCCGGGGGAGUUCGAGAGCAAGUACUUCGAGUUCCACGGCGUGCGGCUGCCGCCCUUCUGCCGCGGGAAGAUGGAGGAGAUCGCCAACUUCCCGGUGCGGCCCAGCGACGUGUGGAUCGUCACCUACCCAAAGUCCGGCACAGGCUUGCUGCAGGAGGUGGUCUACUUGGUGAGCCAGGGGGCCGACCCUGACGAGAUCGGCCUGAUGAACAUCGACGAGCAGGUCCCGGUCUUGGAGUACCCGCAGCCAGGCCUGGACAUCAUCAAGGAACUGACAUCUCCCCGUCUCAUCAAGAGCCACCUCCCCUACCGCUUCCUGCCCUCUGACCUCCACAACGGCGACUCUAAGGUCAUCUACAUGGCUCGCAACCCCAAGGACCUGGUGGUGUCCUACUACCAGUUCCACCGCUCCCUGCGGACCAUGAGCUACCGGGGCACUUUCCAGGAGUUCUGCCGGAGAUUCAUGAAUGACAAGCUGGGCUACGGCUCUUGGUUUGAGCACGUGCAGGAGUUCUGGGAGCACCGCAUGGACUCGAACGUGCUCUUCCUCAAGUACGAAGACAUGCACCGGGACCUGGUGACGAUGGUGGAGCAGCUGGCCAGGUUCCUGGGGGUGUCCUGUGACAAGGCCCAGCUGGAGUCCCUGACUGAGCACUGCCACCAGCUGGUGGACCAGUGCUGCAACGCCGAGGCCCUGCCCGUGGGCCGGGGGAGAGUCGGGCUGUGGAAGGACAUCUUCACCGUCUCCAUGAACGAGAAGUUCGACCUGGUGUACAAACAGAAGAUGGGGAAGUGCGACCUCCUGUUCGACUUUCACUUAUAGGAACAGGAGCAGCAGGCCUGCAUGCUCACCACGCCCGGCACUCCUAGCUAAGUCCUGUGUGCAUUCCUUUGUUACUCGCUGGACAGAUUCUGGAAGCAGUAUGCGGACACGAGGGACGGAGAGUGCGGAGAGGCGAGAGGCGGUGUGAUUCUUUCUGAGCCAAAGCAGCUGUCUCGCCUUUAGGAUUUGAAGUCUCUCCGUGUCUGAUUCUAAACCUGAUAAAACCGCAGUUCCGAGGCCUGUGCCAUAAGGGAAAGUCUGUAACAUAAGCAGCUAGAAUGUCUACCGUUUACAGCCCCGUAUUAUUUAUUGUAUUUUAUAGAGCUUUUCACUGGAGAUCUAAAUAAAUGUCAGUAAACCAAAUAAAA